CCUCCAUUUUCCCAAUCACCAAACACAGGAUUAGAGUUCGAUUUCUCCAAAGAAAACAUGGCUAAUUCAGCGUCUGGGAUGCAUGUGAAUGAUGAAUGCAAGCUUAAGUUCUUAGAGUUGAAAGCAAAGAGAACUUAUAGGUUCAUUGUGUUCAAAAUUGAUGAGAAGGCUCAGCAAGUCCAAAUAGAAAAGCUUGGGAAUCCGGAAGAAACUUACGAUGAUUUUACCAGCUCUAUCCCUGAUGACGAAUGUCGAUACGCAGUCUAUGAUUUUGAUUUCACCACAGAGGACAAUUGUCAGAAGAGCAAGAUCUUUUUCAUCGCGUGGUCACCUGAUACAUCAAGAGUUCGGAGUAAGAUGUUGUAUGCAAGCUCAAAAGACAGGUUCAAGAGAGAAAUGGAUGGAAUUCAAGUUGAAUUGCAAGCAACUGAUCCUAGCGAGAUGAGCCUUGACAUCAUCAAAGGACGACUCAAUCUCUGAAAAACAUUCUAAUUAUUCUAUUCAAAUGUUAAACUUUGACAUGCUAUUUUCUUGGAUAUUUCUGCGUUUGCUUGUCCGCUCUUUGCAUUUUGUGUGGAUUCAAUGUCUUAAAAUUGUUAUGUUUUUUCACAAGAAAGAAAGAAAAAAGGGAUAAUUGAAUUCAUCUGCUUUGUGAACCAUUUCGUAUGAACCAGAAAAUAAAAGUGGUCAAGUUGU